AUGACAAUAAUUGAAACUAUUUCAAUUAAUAAUACAGAUGCAAAUAUUGAAAGUGUGCCAAAAGAUAUUGCAGUAUUGUUUAGACCAAUGCAUAUAAAUGAUAUUAGAACCAUUUACGAGAUUCAAAAAGAGAUGUUCCCAACUGAUGAUUUAUACGAGGAAUAUGAAGCAUUCAAAAGCAAAUUUACAGUUUUCCCACAAGGAUGUUGGUGUGUCGAUUUAAUUUUAGAUAACGAAAACAGCGAUGACAUUAAAUUCUUUCAAAAUUAUGAACCAUCCGAUGACUUGGAAUUAAAUAAAAAGAAAUUAUUAGGUCACUUUUUUUCUCACCCAUGGUUUAAAGAUCAAUUCCCACCACUCAAUAACCCAGUAGCAGUUAAAGCAGGUGUUAGUAAAAUUGUAAAUCCAGAAACUGGUGAAUUUUAUAGUGACUCUGGCGAAAUCAUGUUAUAUUUAAAUGAAAUUGCAGUUAGACCAAGAGUAAAAGGUUUCAAUUUAGCCCGUAUUUUAACCAGAAGAGUUUUACAUCAUCUCUAUCAAAACAACCCAUUAUUUGACCACAUGGGUUUGGUUUCAGUUCAAGGUUCAUUCAAAGUUUGGGGUUCAGUAGGUUUUAGUAUUGAUAAUAAUUUACCGGAAGAAAAAAAGAAAUAUUUAAUCAAGUCUUAUGGUGAUGAAGCAUGCUAUAUGAAAAUGAAAUACACUUUAUCUGACCUCUAUAUAAAAAAUAAAAAAAUUGAAGAAGAAAAAAUUUUAAUUUUAUUAAACCAAAAUAAUAAUAAUCAUAAUAAUAAAAACAACAACUUGGUUAUAAAUAAUAAUGUUUUUAAUUAUGGCAAUUUAUUUAAAGAAAUCAGAAAAAUAUCAAAAUUAUAA